AUUUUAUUCCGUGCGUGUGAGUGCGGGACCAAAUCGGGUACCUUGUGGAUUAGUGCGCCAGAACCCACGCCCGGCGACUGUUUAAUUAAGUGUGAGGCAGAUUACAGUGUGCUCCGUCUCUUUCUCCUCCUCUCUCCUGCUCCCUUCUCCUUUCUCUUCUUCUGCUUCUUCGUCCUCCUCCUUCUCCUUCUCCUCCUUCUCCUCUCCUUUGUUUUUCAUCUUCCAGCCAACUCGUUUUUUUCUACAGUGUGUUCCUUCUCUCUCUCCUUUCUCCUCCUUUCUCUCCUGCUCCUUUAUUCUUUCUCUUCUGCUUCUUCGUCCUCCUCCUCUUCCUCCUCCUCCUCCCCUUCGUUUUUCGCCUUUCAGUUUUUUGGGGAGGUUCUUCUUUCAUUGUGUUCCUUCUCUUUCCUCUCCUUUCUUCUCUUUUCUCUUCCUUUUCUUCGUUUCGUCUUCCAGUUAGCUUGUUUUUUGUUUAUACUUUUUAGUGUCCUUUUUCUUUCAUCUCUCCUCCUCACUCUUUUUCUCUUCUCUGUUGCCUUGUCUUUAUCGCCUGUCUUUCCUUUCUCUGUAUUUGUAUUUCUCUCUUUGUAUUAUUCUUGUUUCCUUUCCUCUCCAUUUUUUCUUCUUCGUCUUUUUCUAUUUUUCCUAAAUCGUACAUUUUUUUUUACCUGCUUUUAUUAUCUUCCCCGUCCACCUCCUUCACCACCACCACCACCACCACCACUCAUUAAGAAAAUAAAAACAAAUAUUAAGUGAACGAAUGUAAAGGAAAAAAGAUUGAUUCUCACUGUAAAGAGGAAAAUAAUAAACUGGGAAAAUAAAACAGAGGAGGAAAAAUACUGAAUAAAGGACAAUAUUAAAGAAAAAGAGAGAAAAGAGAAAGACAGUAAACAUGGAAACUAAGGAAAGAGGACACAGGUAAUAAGAGGAAGAAUGCCCGUUUUGUUAAGUUUCAUUGUUUCAAGUGCGAAUGAAACAAAGAAGAAACGGAGAUAGAGUUUCAAGAUGGAGAACCGUUUGACUUAGGUGCGAAAAAUAGAAGAGGAAGAAGAAGAAGAAGAAGAAGAAGAAGAAGAAGAAGAAGAAGAAGGCGUUUUUCUGGACUAUCAACAAAUUUUCGUCCUGGCCCAAACACCUGCGAGGGACUAAUUAAUGGUGAAGACACCACCACCACCGCCACCACUACCACCACGACGAUGAAGGAAAAGAGCAAGAACGCGGCGAGGAGUAGGAGGGAGAAGGAGAACGCUGAAUUUCUGGAACUGGCGAAGCUGCUCCCCCUCCCCGCUGCCAUCACCUCCCAGCUGGACAAAGCCUCGAUCAUCCGCCUCACCACCAGCUACCUCAAGAUGCGACAGGUGUUCCCAGAUGGGCUGGGGGACGCGUGGGGGGCGGCGCCUCCCCAGACCAACCCCAGGGAGACGGCGAUCAAGGAGCUGGGGUCACAUCUUCUUCAGACCCUGGACGGCUUCAUCUUCGUGGUGGCUCCGGACGGCAAGAUUAUGUACAUCAGCGAGACGGCCAGCGUACACCUCGGUCUAUCACAGGUCGAGCUCACCGGUAACAGCAUAUACGAGUACAUUCACCCCGCGGACCACGAGGAGAUGUCCGCCGUGCUGAACCUGACCCCCCAACCAGUGGCCCAGUCCAUCUACGUCAGGCAAGACGAGGAGGUGGAACGCACUUUCUUUAUCCGAAUGAAGUGCGUCCUAGCGAAGAGGAACGCCGGGCUGACUACGGGGGGGUACAAGGUGAUCCACUGCUCCGGGUACCUCAAGAUCAAGCACUACACCCUGGACAUGGCCCCGUACGAUGCCUGCUACCAUAACGUGGGCCUGGUUGCGGUGGGCCACUCCCUCCCGCCCUCAGCCAUCACGGAGAUUAAGAUGCACUCCAAUAUGUUCAUGUUCAGAGCGUCGCUGGACCUCAAGUUGAUCUUCCUGGAUGCGAGGGUCGGUGUGUUGACAGGGUUCGAGCCCCAGGACCUGAUCGAGAAGACACUUUACCAGUACAUACAUGGAUGCGAUAUGGUGCACAUGCGAUUCUCUCACCACAUGUUGCUGAUGAAGGGCCAGGUCACCACCAAGUACUACCGCUUCCUGACGCGUGACGGAGGCUGGGUGUGGGUGCAGACAUACGCUACCAUCGUCCACAACUCUCGCUCCUCCCGCCCGCACUGCAUCGUGGCCGUCAACUACGUCAUCAGCGAGGUGGAGGCACGGGAGGGUCGACUGUCCUGGGAGCAAGUUGGGGGCGGGCGGGGGGAGGAGGCGGGUGGGUGGGGGGAGGCAGGGGGGCUGAAGGGGCUGGGGGGCGGCGGGGGGCGACUGAAGUGUCGGUCCGCCCCCUACCCCUCCCCCGCCCCCGCUGAAGCCCUCCACGACGCCCUGGACCCCCCCUCGGCACCCCCGUUACACUACCCCUCACCCCUCGCCCCCCCUGCCUUAGCCGCGCCCCCCACUCCCUACCCCGACCCCCGCCUGGCUUGCUACCCCCCAGC